AAAUAACAGAGUUUCCCCAACAAGCACCAGAAAAACUAGAGCAGCCCCCGUUGGACAAGCAGGAUGAAGUACCUUGCAGUUCUCUUCACCAUUGUUGCUCUCGCCGAAAGUCUCGUUAAGAUUCCCUUGCAGAGAGGGACAAAAGUAGGAGACACUCUCAAGGAGAAAAAUCUGCUGGAAAAUCUUCAGAAACACCGUUAUGACAUUGGUACAAAAUACAACUCAGAUAUUUCUAAUGCUGCCCAGGUGGCUGAAGAACCACUUCUGAACUCUUUUGAGACUGAAUACUAUGGAACAAUCUACAUUGGAACCCCACCACAGAAGUUCACUGUUGUGUUUGACACUGGAUCAUCCACUCUCUGGGUACCCUCUGUCUAUUGCAGUAGUCCAGCAUGCCAAAGACACCAGAGAUUUGACCCACAUAAGUCUUCUACCUUCCACGGAACAGGAAAGCCAUUCUCCAUUAAGUAUGGGAAAGGAAGCAUGGAAGGGAUCUUAGGACUUGAUACAGUCAAGGUAAACUAA